GUCCGGGACGCGGCCAUGGGCCCGGGGCCCCCAGCAGCCGGAGCGGGGGCGCCCCCGCGGCCACUGUCCCUGGCCGCCCGGCUGAGCUACGCCGUGGGCCACUUCCUCAACGACCUGUGCGCGUCCAUGUGGUUCACGUACCUGCUGCUCUACCUGCACUCGGUGCGCGCUUACAGCUCCCGCGGCGCGGGCCUGCUGCUGCUGCUCGGCCAGGUGGCCGACGGGCUGUGUACGCCCCUCGUGGGCUACGAGGCCGACCGCGCCGCCGGCCGCUGCGCCCGCUGCGGCCCUCGGAAGGCUUGGCACCUGGUCGGCACCGUCUGCGUCCUGCUGUCCUUCCCCUUCAUCUUCAGCCCGUGCCUGGGCUGCGGGGCAGGUACCCCGGAGUGGGCCGCCCUCCUCUACUACGGGCCCUUCAUCGUGAUCUUCCAGUUUGGCUGGGCCGCUACGCAGAUCGCCCACCUCAGUCUCAUCCCGGAGCUCGUCACCAACGACCACGAGAAGGUGGAGCUCACGGCCCUCAGGUACGCCUUCACCGUGGUGGCCAACAUCACCGUGUACGGUGCCGCGUGGCUGCUGCUUCGCCUGCAGGGCUCCCCGCACGCGGACGUGGCCCGGGAUGUCCGCGACCAGCUGGGCGUCCGAGACGUGCGGGUGUUCCAGAACCUGUCCCUGCUGGUGGUCGGAGUGGGCGCCGUCUUCUCGCUGCUGUUCCACGUGGGCACGAGGGAAGGGCGCCGGCGGCCGCGGGCGGAGGAGCCCGACGAGCACAGCCCGCUGCUGGCCCCGCCCACCGCCCAGCCCCUGCUGCUCUGGAAACACUGGCUGCGGGAGCCCGCCUUCUAUCAGGUGGGCCUGCUGUACAUGAGCACGAGGCUCAUCGUGAACCUGUCCCAGACGUACAUAGCCAUGUACCUCACCUACUCGCUCAACCUGCCCAAGAAGUUCAUCGCCACCAUCCCGCUGGUGAUGUACGUCAGCGGAUUCUGCUCGUCCUUCCUCAUGAAGCCGGUCAACAAGUGCAUCGGGAGGAAUCUGACCUACUUCGCCGGCCUCCUGGUGAUCCUGGCCUUCGCCGCCUGGGUGGCGCUGGCAGACAGGCUCGGCGUGGCCGUGUACGUAGCCGCCGCGCUGCUGGGCACGGGCUGUGCCACGAUCCUCGUCACCUCGCUGGCCAUGACGGCCGACCUCAUCGGCCCCCACACGGUAAGGCUGAUGGUGUGGACCGGGUGGGGGGUUGGGGGACCGGGGCCGGGCUGUGACCUGCCCGCCCGUGUCCCCCAGCACAGCGGAGCCUUUGUGUAUGGUGCCAUGAGCUUCUCGGAUAAGGUGGCCAACGGGCUGGCGGUCAUGGCCAUCCAGAGCCUGCAUCCCUGCUCCUUGGAGCUCUGCUGCCGGGCCUGCGUAGGCUUCUACCACUGGGUGAUGGUGGCUGUGACUGGUGGCGUGGGCGUGGCCGCCACCCUCUGUCUGUGCAGUCUCCUGAUCUGGCCCAUCCGCCUGCGGAGCUGGGACCCCGGAGCCUAACCCUGAUACCGUCCCCCCACGGUCGCGGUCCUGUGCACAUGAACUCUACAGGCCAUGCCCAGCUCCCAUCCCUGCCCCCCAUCCUCACCCGGCUGUGAGGGCGGCAGGUGAGGGCAGGCGGUCAGUAGCCCAGACUCUUGAGCUUGGCCCUCUGGGAUCCAGGGGAGCGCCCAGCUCACCCGUCACCCCAGGCUCAGUCGGGGUUUCCUAGGUGCUGCCGGGUCCCUGGACGAACGGUGUCGUCACUGGGCCUGAUGGGAGCCUCGGGCUUGGGGGUUGGGGGGGACCCAGUCCCACAACCCUGUGCCCAAGGCCACGACUGGCUAUGAAUAAAAAGCCACCCAGGGGUGAGGA